AUUCAUUCUCAUUCUCAGUACCAUAUCCUGGGUUGGUUGAAAGUUCAUUUUUGAAAAGCUAGGGUUUGAAACAAAAGAUCUGCGCGCACGGGUUCAAUUACUCUCCCAGAAGAUGGAUGGCUGUACUUCACAAUUCAAGAUAAUCUUGGGAUCAUCUUCGGUAGCCCGUCGGAAAGUGCUAGCUGAGAUGGGAUAUGACUUCACAAUCAUGUCUGCAGACAUAGAUGAGAAAAGUAUUAGAAAAGAAAAGCCAGAGGAGUUGGUGAUGGCCCUUGCAGAGGCAAAGGCAGAGGCCAUCACACCAAAGCUUCCCAUUGGCAAUUACAAGAGGGAUGCUGAACCAUCAGUCUUAAUUACUUGUGACCAAGUGGUCGUCUGUGAAGGUAUGAUCAGGGAAAAACCAUUAAGCAAAGAAGAAGCACGCCAAUUCAUCAAAGGUUAUUCUGGUGGGAAUACAGCGACAGUGAGUUCUGUUCUUGUUACAAAUCUCAAAACUGGAUUGAGAAAAGGAGACUGGGACAAAGUGGAGAUCCAUUUCCAUUCAAUACCGGAUCAAGUCAUUGAUAACCUGAUAGAGGAGGGAAUUGUUCUCAAUGUCGCUGGGGGGUUGUUAAUUGAACACCCUUUGAUACUACCCUACAUUAAAGAAGUGGUAGGAACAAUUGAUAGCGUGAUGGGACUCCCCAAAACUCUUGUGGAGAGACUGAUAAUGGAGGUUCUCUAGUGUAGCUUGGAAUUUUACCUGAUCAAACGUCUUCAAGGCAGGGCCUCUUGGACUUCAUUUAUCCACCUGUCGAAGAAAUUUGAUUUAAUUUACCUGGCAUUUGGUUGUUGGAUUCAAGGCUUAGAAUUUUCAGUUGCACUUGGUUGUUGGGAAAGAAUUAACUGUAAAGGUUGAGUAUGUAAUCUUAAGUUCAACGCUUCGAAUUUUCA